UUUAGAUAUGAUUAACCCACAGCGUUAGCGCGGGUACAUAAAUCUAGUAUAUAUAUAUAUAUAUCCUUUGUAAUAGUUUUUUAUCUUUUAUUUUACUCAUAUUUUUUUUAAUGUUUAAGUAGGCCUUCACUGAGGCCAAAGUGAUCACCGUUGACGACAAUGGAGUCACCGCUCAUCUUCCUCACUAUCAUCUCCAUCUCCAUGUUUUCUCUCUCAGCCUUCACUCCCACCACCACCUACUUCCUCAACUGCGGCGCCUCCACCAACACCACCUUCUUGCAUGACAACCCAUCUCGCAUCUUCACACCGGACUCACCAUUCCUCUCUUCCUCCUCUUCAUCAAUAUUAACCAACCCAUCAUCAUCAUCAUCAUCGUCGUCGUCAUCAUCAAUCACCAACGCAACAGACUCUCUCUACGCCACCGCCAGGCUCUUCAACCAAACCUCUUCCUAUACCUUCAAAACCAACUCCUCCGGCACCCAUGUCCUCCGUCUCCAUUUCUCUCCCUUCUCUACUCCUACUCACAAUCUCAGCUCCACUAAUUUCAGCGUCUAUGCUCUUCAGACAAUCCUCCUCCUCAGCUCUUUCUCACCCUCCAACACAACAAUCAUGGAGUACUUCUUGUGGCUCAGCUCCACAGACAUCACUUUCACUCUCACCUUCACUCCUCUAUCUUUCAUCAGCGCCAUUGAGCUUUUCACCGCACCUCCUUCCCUCUUCAAUAAGCACACUAAACCAAGACAAGUUUCUCCACCUGCCUACAACACAAGCAUCGGAGACUUCACUCACCAAACAUGGCAGACCCUCUACCGUGUCAACGUCGGUGGCCCACUGAUAACUCCGGCCAACGAUACUCUCUGGAGAACCUGGACCCCUGACGAUGCCUUCCUCUUCUCCAAUCUUACAUCUACAGAGGUUAACACUAGUAGUAAUGACAGUCUACACAUUGACCCUUGGAACACUCCUGACGUCGCCCCUCCCUUCGUGCUCAACACCGCACGUGAGAGCGCGGAUAUCGACGUCAACGUGACAUGGAGCUUCUCGGUAGCGCCGGGGUACAAGUACUUUGUUAGAAUACACUUGUGCGAUUUCAUCUCCAACAAUUCCCUUGACUACCUCUUUGAUAUUUACAUCGGAGAGCUCUUCGCGUACCAAGACUUGCAGCUUGGGUCACUCACUAAUUACACUCCAGCCGCCGCCUAUCAUUUGGAUUUUAUUGCCGAUGAUGUUUGGCCUUUCGGUUUAUUGAACGUGACUGUUGGCCCCUCUAGUAAUAUUAAUAAUACUGGGCAUGCAAAUGCCUUCAUGAACGGCUUGGAGAUCUUGAAGCUCAUCAACUCCGAUGCCGAUUCUCCAGGCAAGGGCAGCAGACGUGCUCAUCUUCUUAUUAUUGCUUGUUCAGCUGUUGCGGCCUUAGCACUCAUCAUCUUCUUCAUCUUCUUGAACUUCAUAAUCAAGAGAAAGAAGCAGGAACUUGUUCCACAGCAAGAGAAGAAAGCGGCCAACACCAGUUUGGUAACACCAAAGAUAGUCAACAUAAACCUGGAGCUCUGCAUCCCCUUAUCUGACAUCAAGCUUGCAACCAAUGACUUUGACGAGGCACUUGUCAUUGGCCAUGGUGGCUUUGGAAAGGUCUACAAAGGUGUUCUCUCUGAUGGAACGAUGGUUGCAGUGAAGCGAGGCAUGGGUAGGUCGAGACAAGGCUACCCUGAGUUUGUGAACGAGAUCAAUCUCCUCUCAAAGAUCAGGCACCGACACCUCGUCUCAAUCAUUGGCUACUGUGAUGAAAUGGAUGAGAUGAUCAUUGUCUAUGAGUUCCUGGAGAACGGGACACUGAAGAACUACUUGUAUGGCUCACCAGACUUGCCCUGUUUGUCAUGGAAACAGAGGUUGCAGGUGUGCAUUGGAGCUGCCAGAGGUCUUGACUACCUCCACACUGCUCACUCUCCGGUCAUCAUCCAUAGAGAUGUGAAAUCCACCAACAUACUUCUCGGGCAGGAUUUCCUAGCCAAGAUCUCAGACUUUGGAAUCUCCAAACUGGGGCCUUUACUAGGAGAAGAUACUUAUGUAAGCACUGGAGUGAAGGGGAGCUUUGGCUACUUCGAUCCAGAGUACUUUAGAAUGCUGAGACUCACAACUAAAUCAGAUGUAUACUCUUUUGGUGUUGUUCUCUUUGAGGUCUUGAGUGCAAGGCCUGUGAUUGAUCCCUGGUUCAAAGAUGACGAGCUCAACCUCGCCGACUGCGCUUUGGACUGCAUGAAAACAGGGGAGCUUGACAAGAUCAUUGAUGUGAGAAUCGCUGAAGAGAUCAACCCCAAGUCAUUGGAGAAGUUUGCAGAGAUUGCUGAGCAGUGUCUUGCUGCGUGUGGUGAUGAUAGGCCCACCAUUGGAGAUGUUUUGUGGAACUUGGAGUAUGCUCUGCAGCUCCAAGUUACAGAGUUGAGGAGGGAGCCUUAUGAGGACAGUGGAACUGUGGACCCUCAUCUCCGUUCUCUAGCUCUAGUGAGAAGAUUGCCUUCCACUAUCACCAAAAUUGAGGAUGAUGAUGCUGAUUUGAUUGGGAUUAUGGAGUUUAAUGAUAGUACCUACCGCGAGGUUGCUUCACAGCAAUGA